AUCUAGAGUGAGUGAGAGAGAGAGAUGAAUAAGGGUUUGUGUGUUACAUAAAACCUUAUGAGCUUAUCCUAUCCUUCUGCAGUUUUCUGCUCCCCCUCUCUCUCUCUACUCUCUCCUUUCUUUCAUUCUCUCUCUCUAUACAAUUAUAUAUAUAUAUGUAAGUUUUUCUUCAUUUCUGGUUUUCUUCAUUUCCAUCACCAGAAAAACACACAUAUUGAAAUAUACAUAUACAUAUAUAUAUAUUGUGUAUGUGUGUGUUCAGAUACAGCAGCUAUGUGAAUAUAUAUUUAUAUAUAUACACAUUAUUAUAAUUUUACAAAUUUAUUGUGAUAUUUAUUAAUUAAUUUUAUUUACCAAUAAUGGCUCCCAAAAAUGGAAAGAACAAAACACACAAAGCCAAAGGUGAGAAGAAGAAGAAAGAAGAGAAAGUGUUACCUACUGUAGUGGAAAUAACUGUAGAAACGCCUGAGGACUCACAGGUGACACUCAAGGGAAUAUCAACGGACAGGAUCUUAGAUGUUAGGAAGCUUUUGGCCGUUCAUGUUGACACGUGUCACUUGACCAACUACUCUUUCUCCCACGAGAUUAAAGGGCCAAAAUUGAAAGAUUCGGUGGAGAUAACUUCUCUCAAGCCAUGCCAUGUCACCAUUGUUGAAGAGGACUAUACGGAAGAUCUAGCGGUAUCUCACAUCCGACGGCUGUUAGACAUCGUCGCCAGCACAACGUUCUUCGGCGGUUCGCCCUGUUCUCCUAAAACGGGAGGACGAACCGGGAACAAAGAACCGGGUUCACAAGCGACCGGUUCAACGGAAAAGGAGUCCGGUUCUGAAAUAACCGUUCCCGACGCCGUUCCGAAGCCAAAACACGAUGGAAAAACCGCCAUUCCGCCGAAGGGGAAGCCGGAGGCUCCCGCGGCGGCGGACGGCGGCGCAGACGCCGCCGAGAAAGGCGAAGCGGCGGUGACUAUGAUGUGCCCCCCGCCGAGGCUCGGGCAGUUCUACGACUUCUUCUCUUUCGCUCAUCUCACCUCGCCCUUUCAAUACAUUCGGAGAUCAACGCGGCCUUUUCUUGAGGAUAAAACCGAUGAGGAUUUGUUCCAAAUUGAUGUACGGAUUUGCAGCGGCAAGCCAACAACAGUUGUUGCCUCCCAGAAAGGAUUCUAUCCCGCCGGAAAACGUGUUCUUAUGAAUCGCUCCUUAGUUGGCCUUUUGAAGCAGAUAAGCAGAAUUUUUGAAUAUGCUUAUAAGGCUCUGAUGAAAGCUUUCACCGAGCACAAUAAAUUUGGGAAUCUUCCCUAUGGUUUCCGAGCAAACACUUGGUUAGUGCCCCCUGUUGUCUCUGAGAACCCAUCUGUCUUCUAUCCACUUCCAGUGGAGGAUGAAACUUGGGGAGGAAAUGGAGGUGGACAAGGAAGAGAUGGAAAGCAUGAUUACCGGCCGUGGGCCAAGGAGUUUUCUAUUCUGGCAGCAAUGCCAUGUAAAACAGCUGAAGAGAGGCAACUGCGAGAUAGGAAAGCCUUUCUCCUUCACAGUCUAUUCGUCGAUGUUUCAGUAUUUAAAGCAGUAGAUGCAAUAAAGCUUCUGUUAGAGAAGAAUUUCCAAUCAGAAAACACACGUGAUUCAUUAAUUUUACAUGAAGAAAGAGUUGGGGAUCUACUUAUUAGCAUCAUGAAAGACAUGCCAGAUGCAAGCACAAAGCUGGAUAGCAAAAAUGAUGGAAGCCUGGUUCUUGGAAUUUCUGAUGAAGAGCUAACUAAGAGAAACUUGCUUAAAGGGAUAACUGCAGAUGAGAGUGCCACUGUGCAUGAUACACCGACUUUAGGUGUUGUGGUUGUUAGACACUGUGGGUACACUGCAGUUGUGAAAGCAUCCGCUGAGGUGAAUUGGGAAGGUAAUUCCAUUCCUCAGGACAUUGACAUUGAAGACCAUCCUGAUGGAGGGGCAAAUGCUUUGAACAUUAAUAGCUUAAGAAUGCUACUACACAAGUCAACUGUGCCUCAGGCAUCCAGCCCAUGUCAAAGAAGUAGGAGUGCAGAUGUCGAAGAAUCGUCCACAACUAGUCCUUUAGUAAGACAGGUGCUCAGUGAAAGCUUAAAGAAGCUGCAGGCCGAGGAAUCCAACCCAACUAAAUUGAUAAGAUGGGAGCUUGGUGCCUGUUGGGUACAACACCUGCAAAAUCAGGCUUCAGGAAAAGGUGACUCCAAGAAAAAUGAUGAAGCAAUAGCUGAGCCAGUAAAGGGCCUCGGAAAGCAUGGACUUCUGAAGGAUUUUAAAAAGAUGUCGAAUACUUUAAAAAAUAAAAAUGAUCAGAACAAAGAAGAGCCUAACAGUUCUGAGGCAAAGAAAGAACUUGACAAAGACAAGGAAACGGAAAUUGUGUGGAGAAAGUUGCUCCCUGAAGCAUCAUACUUACGCCUUAGAGAAUCAGAAACUGGUCUUCAUCUUAAGUCACCUGAUGAGUUGAUUGAGAUGGUACACAAAUAUUACGAUGAAACCGCACUUCCAAAACUGGUUGCUGAUUUUGGGUCCCUUGAACUUUCACCAGUUGAUGGAAGGACAUUGACAGAUUUCAUGCAUACAAGGGGCUUGCAGAUGCGCUCAUUGGGCCGUGUGGUUGAACAUGCAGACAAGCUCCCUCAUGUGCAAUCCCUAUGCAUUCAAGAGAUGGUUGUUCGAGCUUACAAGCACAUCCUGCAGGCCGUUAUAGCAGCUGUUGAUGAUGUUUCUAACCUGGCUCCAUCAAUUGCUUCUUGUCUGAACGUCCUGCUGGGGAAACCACAAACAGAAAGUGCUGACACUGAUGAUGAAUUAAAAUGGAAGUGGGUUGAAAAAUUCCUCUCAAAGAGGUUUUAUUGGCAGUGGAAGGAUGAAGUGCGAAACCAGAUUAGAAAGUUUGCUAUUCUUCGUGGGCUGUGUCACAAGGUUGGACUUGAACUAGUUCCAAGGGACUAUGACAUGGAUUCUCCUUGCCCUUUCAAGAAAUCCGACAUAAUCAGCAUGGUUCCUGUUUAUAAGCACGCUGCUUGCUCAUCUGCAGAUGGACGCACGCUACUAGAAUCUUCUAAGACUUCCUUGGAUAAGGGCAAACUGGAGGAUGCUGUUAAUUAUGGAACCAAGGCACUCUCGAAACUGAUUUCAGUCUGUGGUCCUUAUCAUCGAAUGUCUGCGGGGGCAUACAGUCUGUUAGCUGUGGUACUGUACCACACUGGGGAUUUUAACCAGGCUACCAUAUACCAGCAAAAAGCUUUAGAUAUCAAUGAAAGGGAGCUUGGCCUUGACCACCCUGACACAAUGAAAAGCUAUGGAGACCUAGCUGUAUUCUACUACAGACUCCAGCACACUGAGCUGGCUUUGAAGUAUGUCAACCGAGCAUUGUAUCUGUUGCAUCUGACAUGCGGACCCUCUCACCCAAAUACUGCUGCCACCUAUAUUAAUGUAGCUAUGAUGGAAGAAGGAUUGGGGAAUGUCCAUGUAGCUCUUCGAUAUCUUCAUGAGGCUCUCAAGUGUAACCAAAGACUACUGGGAGCUGAUCAUAUACAAACUGCUGCUAGUUAUCAUGCUAUUGCAAUUGCUUUGUCAUUAAUGGAGGCAUAUUCCUUGAGCGUUCAGCACGAGCAGACUACACUUCAGAUUUUGCAGGCUAAAUUGGGAUCAGACGAUCUACGGACUCAGGAUGCGGCUGCUUGGCUAGAAUAUUUUGAGUCCAAGGCGCUGGAACAGCAAGAAGCAGCGCGCAAUGGCACCCCAAAACCAGAUGCCUCCAUCUCUAGUAAAGGGCAUUUGAGUGUGUCUGACCUAUUGGAUUAUAUAACACCGGAUGCGGAAAUGAAAGCAAGAGAUGCCCAAAAGAAGCAAGCUCGUGCUAAGCUCAAGGAAAAAAUUGGUCCUAAUUGGGAAACAGUGACAGAUGAAUAUCAGAAGGAUGAAGUCACAUCUGUAACAGAAAGCUCCAGUGAUAAAGAGAAUAGAUCUGAAUUGGAGAACAAAUCUGAGGUUCAGUUUGUGGAGUCCACCCAAAAUUCUGAAAUAUUUUCAGCGGAUAAAAAAACAUUUUUGAAUUCAAACGAUGACACUGCAAAGGAUGAAUUCUUGGAAGAGGGAUGGCAGGAAGCUGUUCCAAAAGGGCGCUCAGCUGUUAGUCGAAAGCCCUCUGCUUCCAGGAGACCGAGUCUUGCUAAACUGAACACCAAUUUUUUGAAUUCUUCCCAUCCUUCUAGAUAUCGAGGCAAACCAAGUAACUAUACCUCUCCAAAAGGAAGUAUGAAUGACACUGCUGCUUCAUCUGUAUCAGCUCCACAUGCUCCUAAAAAAAUGGGAAAAAGUUCUAGCUUUAGCCCGAAGCCAAAGAGUCCUGAAUCAGCCGUUGGAAGAGAGAAAAUUGUAAAUCCAAAAUCAGCCCCGGCUAGUCCAGCUUCCAGCGAACAAGUCAAAGCUUUUGUUAGCUCAGUGAGUGUUCAAGCUGCUAAGAAACUUUUCUCAUACAAAGAAGUCGCUUUAGCUCGACCAGGUACAAUUGUUAAGGCUGUUUCAGAGCAUCCAACUGAGGAUAGUUCUGGGGAAGAAAAAGUGCAAGUGUGCAAGGAGACUGGCGGCGCAGAAAUUGUAGUCGGAACAGAAGCACAUCAAAAUGAAAAGAUGGCGGACAAAGGUCGUGUAGAUUCGGACAAAGAUGAAAUUAGCAAGGAGGAUGAUCAAAAUGCUGUGAAUGGAGCUUCUGGGGAGUUGACAGAGGCUGCAACAGUUACAGAAUCAGAACCUGCAGUUGAAAGCAAGAAAAGUGAAACUGGAGAUGAAUCUAUUUCAGGAAUGGGGGGUUCUGUUUUGUCUGAGGUUUCGAAUUCUAGUAAUGUAGAAAGUGAAGCAUCUGAAACACAACAUGUCACUUCACCUCAUCUUUCGCCUACUGAUGCUGCUGAAAAUAUUACUCGUCCAGUGGAGAAGGAAGCCUCCGGCUUAAAAAAGGAGGUGGCAGAGGAAGACGGGGAUGCUCAUUUAUGUAAUGAAAGUGUAGACGUUGAUGGUUCACAAACCGGUGAAGCAGAGAAUCAAGUUGAUGGAGGUGCCUCUCUUUCACCUACCGAAACAGAAAGGCAAAGUGAUCCCGAGGCUGCAAAGGAACCAGCUAAGAAAUUGUCGGCAACUGCACCUCCAUUUAAUCCAUCUACUGUUCCAGUGUUUGGCUCGGCAACCAUACCUGGCUAUAAGGAGCAUGGAGGGAUUUUGCCGCCUCCAGUUAAUAUUGCGCCAAUGCUUGCUAUAACUCCUGCCCGGAGAUCACCGCAUCAAUCAGCUACUGCUAGAGUCCCAUAUGGUCCACGCCUCUCGGGUGGGUACAACAGAUCUAGCCGUCUCCCAAGAAAUAAGCCAGUUUUCCAUAAUGGUGAUCACAUUGGGGAUCAGAGCCACUUCAGUCCUCCGAGGAUUAUGAACCCACACGCAGCAGAGUUUAUACCUGGCCAUCCGUGGGUUCCAAACGGCUAUGCAGUUGCUCCAAAUGGCUAUAUUGCUGCAUGCAACGGAUUUGCUUUCUCACCAAAUGGUUAUCCUAUAUCACCAAAUGGAGAUCCUACGCCGUCAAGUGAGAUAUCCGAUGCUCAAAACGGAUUUCCCGUCUCUCCAGUGGGAUCAACAGAGCCUCUGUCAACUGAGAACAGCGAUGUUCCUGUUGAAGCUGGACAUGAAGCCCCAGUCGAGGGUAUUGCUGAGAAGAAACCAACCGACUCAGUCAUCAUCACGUCACAAACAUUGGAGAAUAUCCAGGAACAAGUUGAACUUGAUGAGAAAACACCUGAUCCAUCAGAGGACAUUGAUAAUUUAUCUCGUGAACCUGAAGAAUCUCCCGUUGUUGUUGAAUCUGCAGGAGAUAAUGGCAGUGUCAUUACUGUCGAAGAGAAGGCAGUGAAACGAUGGGGCGAUUACAGUGAUGGAGAAUCUGAGGCUAUUGACAGUUAAAAUUUGAUCGGUUAACUAUUUUUUGGAGACAUGGAAUUUCUUCCUAUAGAUGACUCCAACGGAGAGAGGUAUCCCCAGAGUUCUUCAAACAUGAACUUUACGUAGAAGACCUUGAAAUGUCUUGCAUCAUUCCAAUAGUUCGAUAUCAUUAAAGUAUGCUUGCUGAGAAAGCUGUCUCGCGUUGCUGCAUGUUUUAGAUUAGUCGUAUGGAGAGCCAAGAUCAGACCAGCUUGGAAAUUACUUCUCCGGCAAUCCUUUCGAGAUGAUUAAGUGUAUUACAUUUGUAACAUGGUGCAGUAAUCGAGUUUUGACAUUUGGACUUUCUUUAUCUAA